AUGGAUCCCUCGAAGAAAAAGCAAUAUCUUGCCGAUAGCCCACCAUCUGUCGUUCCUCUGGUGAUCAAGCCGCACUUCGAAGCACUUGCCCACACUGAACAGCUCUAUUCGCAUUAUAUCAGUAGCGCUUGCUUCGCUGGUACUAGAAUUGUCCUCAGACAGGUUUCUCCCGAAUCUGAGCCCAUUUACGACUUCAUCUUGACCUUGCACCAACACUGCAAUGGUGACUACUCCAAACUCAAAUCCGAAACUGGCCUUAACGAUGAGGACAUGAACCACUGGUUGCACUACGCUGCCCAAUUCCUUGGCAAUGCUGGAAACUACAAAUCAUUUGGUGACUCCAAGUUCAUCCCUCGUUUGGCACCGGAGAAGCUUGCAGCUCUUGGAAAGGUGUCUGGUGCAUCCAAGCACUAUGAGCUCUGCAAAGGUUCUUUCUAUGAGACCAAGGUUGAAGAUCUCAUGCACCUCGGCUACCCACCUCAGCAUCUCACCACUUACUAUCCUGACUCUCCCGAAAUUACCAAGGAUGAGAUUGCAGCCGUGGCAGACUUUGUCAAGGAGAACGGCAACCUGCUCCCUGAGAACACCCGUCUGAAGAAGCUAUCAUCAGGAGACUUCGAACUCCUAAUUGCUUCUGCAGACACCGAUCCCGCCAAGUCAGAAAGGGAUGUUUCCGAGACCUCAUUCACCCUGGAUACUGAGCCUGUCAAGGGUAAGAAAAUUACUCUCAAGUAUGGCGACCAUUCAAAGGAGAUGGAGAAGAUCGCAGCUUUCCUCACUGAGGCUAAGAAGCACUCCGCCAACAAGUAUCAGAGCGAUAUGCACAGUGAGUAUGUCAAGUCUUUCAAGACUGGCUCCAUGACUGCCCAUGUCCAAUCACAGCGUCACUGGAUCAAGGAUAAGGGUCCUGAUGUCGAGUCGAACAUUGGCUUCAUUGAGACCUACCGCGAUCCCCACGGUAUCCGCGGAGAGUGGGAAGGCUUUGUCUCCAUGGUCAACAAGGAACGUACCAAGGCAUUCGCUCACCUCGUUGCCGAAGCUCCCAAGAACAUCAAGAAACUUCCCUGGCCCGCUGAGUUCGAGAAGACUUUCGUUGCACCUGACUUCACUGCUCUCGAAGUUUUGUCGUUUGCUGGCUCAGGUAUCCCUGCUGGUAUCAACAUUCCCAACUAUGAUAGUGUCCGUCAGGAUCCCGAAGGAGGUUUCAAGAACGUCAGUCUGUCCAACGUCCUCUCAGCUAAGCCUCCGAACGAGAAGAUCCCAUUCAUCAAGGACGAGGAUAUGGAACUGUACAAGAAGUACGCAGAUGCUGCCUUCGAGGUCCAAGUCGGUCUUCACGAGCUGCUUGGCCAUGGUUGUGGCAAGAUAUUGCAAGAGACCGAGCCCGGAAAGUUCAACUUUGACCACAAGAACCCUCCUAUCUCACCCAUCACACAGAAGCCUAUCACUUCCUACUACAAGCCUGGCGAGACCUGGGGCUCAGUAUUUGGCGGCAUGGGUCCCAGUUAUGAGGAGUGCAGAGCAGAAUGUGUCGCCAUGGCUUUGUGCCCUGACUACGGCAUUCUCCAGAUCUUCGGCUUUGGAAAUGGUGAAAAGGACCUUCACGGAGAAGCUGGAAACGUCCUCUAUGCUGCAUACCUGUCCAUGGCCCGCGCCGGUGUAGCUGCUCUGCAGUUCUACAACGUGGAAGCCAAGAAGUGGGGACAAGCACACAUGCAAGCCCGUCACGCCAUUCUUAAGGUCUUCCUAUCCGAGCCAGAGUUCUGCAAGCUCGAGUACGCCAAGGACGAUCUCAGCGAUCUAACCAUCAAGCUCGACAGAACCAAGAUCGCUACCCAUGGCCGUCCUGCGGUCGAGAGGUUCUUGCAAAAGCUUCAAGUCUACAAAGCCACUGCAGAUCUCAAGGCUGGCAAGGAGCUGUACGAGGGUAUCACUAGCGUGGAUGAGUGGUUUGCUACCAAGGUCAGACCUGCUGUUCUGGCAGCAGCUCCCCCUCGCAAGGUCUUUGUGCAGGCAAACACUUUCAUCGAGGGUGACAAGGUUGUUCUCAAGGAAUAUCCCGCCACUCCCGAAGGUCUCAUCCAGAGUUAUGCCGACCGUGACUACAUUUGA